CUGUCAAUCCCUCCGCUUGGGUGGCGGGGCCUGGAGCGGAGCGGAGCGAAGGGAAGGAGCCGCGGCGCCCGUUGCAAGCUUUGAAACCAUGUUUUGGAAUGGAGGGUUUUGGAGAUGGACCUUGGCACUGCAACUGUACCUCCUACUUCUGACUUCACGGACACGGGCUGGCACAGAGGCCUUGGCCCCACCUCCCAUCACAGCAGCCUCCUUUCUGCAGGACCUUUUCCUCCGUUAUGGUGAAGAGGACAAGCUCAGCCUGCAGCAGUUGAAAUCUCUGUUGGGACACCUGCACGUGGGCGUCGAAAGGCACAAUGUCAGUCACGCACGGCGGCGGCAGCCACACCACCGGAACAUCUCCUGGUGCUUCAGUUCUUCGGAACUCUUCGCCACCCACAAUCUGAGUGAAUCGUCCCAUCUGGGGCAGAGCGAGUUCAAAGACUUCUGCCCGACUAUCUUGCAGCAGCUGGAGUCCAGGGCCUGCAUGCCAGAGAACCUGGAGAAGGAAGAAGAGGAAUGGAUGAAGGAAGGGAAACCAAGCGCUACAGAAGUCUGGGGAUACGGUUUCCUGUGUGUGACCAUCAUUUCCCUCUGCUCCCUGAUCGGGGCCAGUGUGGUUCCUUUCAUGAAGAAGACCUUUUACAAGCGGUUGCUCCUCUACUUCAUAGCUCUGGCCAUUGGCACGCUUUAUUCCAACGCCCUCUUCCAGCUCAUUCCGGAGGCUUUUGGGUUCAAUCCACAGAAAGACGAUUAUGUCUCCAAAUCUGCUGUUGUCUUCGGGGGAUUUUAUCUCUUUUUUUUCACUGAGAAGAUACUGAAGAUGCUCCUCAAACAGAAGGAUCAGCACCUUCAUGGACACAGCCAUUACAGCAGCGAGUCCCUUCCUUCCAAGAAGGACCAGGAAGAAGGUGUGACUGAAAAACUGCAGAACGGAGACCUGGAUCACAUAAUCCCGAAUAAGAAUGGCGAUUUGGAAUGCAAGAAUCCCUCGGCUGAUCAGAAGGUUGUUAGCACCUUGUCUGUUCAGGACCUCCAAGCAUCUCAAAGCAUGUGCUAUUGGUUGAAAGGAGUGCGUUAUUCAGACAUUGGCACUCUGGCUUGGAUGAUAACGUUGAGUGACGGCCUUCACAAUUUCAUUGAUGGGCUGGCAAUUGGCGCCUCCUUCACCGUCUCGGUCUUCCAGGGCAUCAGCACCUCGGUGGCCAUUCUCUGUGAAGAAUUCCCGCACGAGCUAGGAGACUUCGUCAUUCUGCUGAAUUCUGGGAUGACAAUCCAGCAAGCCCUUUUCUUCAACUUCCUCUCAGCUUGCUGUUGCUACCUGGGCCUGGGCUUUGGGAUAUUGGCCGGCAGCCACUUCUCAGCCAACUGGAUCUUCGCUCUAGCAGGCGGGAUGUUUCUCUACAUUGCGUUGGCCGACAUGUUCCCAGAGAUGAAUGAAGUCAGCAAAGAAGACGAAAGGAGCGGAAGUGCUUUGAUUGCAUUUGCGAUUCAGAACGCCGGACUGCUGACGGGAUUCGCUAUCAUGGUGCUGCUGACGAUGUUCUCGGGAGAAAUCCAGCUCGGAUAAGUGGCCGCGCUGUGUUGGAAAAUUGUAGGUCUGUGGACUCUGCGAAGCGCAGUUUCUUUUUCUUUUUCUUUUGUCAAGGAUUUCAGGAAGGGGCAUGUUUAUUCAACCUGCUUCUUAGAUUUCUUAUUGGACUGACAACCUGCACAGGCUGACAACUUUUCUCUCUAGCAUUAAAUGACUGGGGGAAUCAUUUCUUAAGGCAACAACAGCAUUAGUCUCUCCCCCUCCUACCCUUUAUUUUCGUUUUUCUUUUUUUUCACAUUUGGAUGGAAUCGGUUAAGAAAAGGCUUCUAAUUUCCUGAUGUUGCGUUAUUCUUGUUUCCUUCCUGGGCACGAGUAGCUUGGUGCAUAUCUCUCUAAGCUACAAAAAUACCAGCAAUUGGCUAGCAGGAUGCCUUUUUCCUGCUCAGAGAACCUCUGAGUUCUCUUCUACGAUUCUAAAUCACAUUUCUGUGUGAGGAAGGAAAAAGUGCUUUUUGUGGCAUUUGCACCAUCUAAACACGAAAGAACAUGUUAUAUUGAAAACUCACAACCAGUGGAUGCAGAGGGCUCUAGUUUUAUGUUGGAAUGUAUGCGGGGACAAUUUGACUUGAAAUUCCUGUAUUCAAAUGGCAUCGUUAUAAAGUAUUUAGGACUCCAAGAAAAAGCAGAAAAAAGACCAUCUUGGAAGAUACGUUUUGAAGUCCUUUUAGUGCCCUCUUCCCCUCUUGUUUUCAAAAGUGAUUUCUCUUUCAGCCCUUCCUUUAACAUCUCCUUUUUCUUUAAAUUUCCUUCAAAAGAUUCGCACGCAGGCUGGCCCGCACAGCUGCUACUUUGCAAGUUGAUUUUGUGUAGGAUAAAUCUGGCCGGUGUGGAAUCUAUUUAUAUCCGGAAAGAAAUGAUGCAUGAAUUGCAUCCUCUGGCUGGUGUGAAGGUCUUGGGAUUGUUUUAUGGAAAUGAAGCCUAGAUUUUGGAGAAUUUGCUGGAGAGAUUUAUUGCAGGAUUAAAUUUCCCAGAGUCACUAAGUGAACUGAUGCAUUAUCAUAUUGAUAAGAUCAAGCCUGUCAGCUUAAGCGUGUAGCGCAUUAUUCACAUCACACAUCCCCUCUUUAAACAUUUAAAACCGUUAUAACGCUUGUUAUCAGCAAAAGGAAACUCGGUUCUUUCAACUCCCAGAAUUCCCCAGCCAGCCCAAUGGCUUGGAGCUGAAGUCCACAAGUCUUAAAAAGUUGCCAAGGUUGGAUGGCCUUGCCCUAGUUGGUGAACCUUUUCUGCUGUGGUGCACACUUUGUGGCAUUUUGUCCAUCCUGGCCAUGAGGUUGGCUCCAUAUUUCUGAGCUUCCAAUGUUCCCUCAAGACCUGGUUGUCAAGAAGCCUGGGAUGCCCAAAAGACCUCACUUCUUCUAGUGAGAAGCCUCCAUCAAUAUCCUUUCACCUACUACUUCUUUUCUUAGCUUUGUUGUUAGAUUUUUUUUUUAAUGUUGAUCAUUGUUUUAGGUAUUUAGUUUUGUUGUCCGUCUCCCGGGGCCACCUGUUUCGUGACAUGAGCAGCUAGAUCAAUUUAAUAAAUAAAUAACAGUCCGUGUAGAAAAAGCUUUUAAACAUCUUAACCGGGACCGAAUUAGCCAGAGCUGGAGAUCCCUCAUUUCGCUCGUCGAAUGGUGUUACUUUAGCUAGUUUCGUCCUCUGCAUGUUACUAAUAUAUCAAUAUGAUUCUUCUUUGCUCCUAAAAAGGCCAAAAACUGAAUAUUCUAGUCUUGUAGAGUGAGAUUUUGCUUUUCACUUGAAAGUAGAUUGAUGUAAUACGAUGUGGUUCUUGCAGCAUCACUUCCUAACUUCUGCGUAGGAAUUAGCUGCUUUGAAUAUAUCAAUCUUCCCAGAAUUAUAAGGAGAAAGCGAAUCUUUGGCCAAGGGGAACGUUGCUGCAGCUGCUCUAAAUUCUGACAUAGCCAGAUCAAUGUCUACACGUCAAAAUUAUUUGAAGAUAAAACCCAGUAUUUAAAUAGGGGAGAUAACCUGUUGUCUUUUCCAUUACCUUCACUAGAGGUAUACAAAUUCCUGUUCUAAGUAGUAUCUAGCUCAGAGGUGUCAAACUCGAGUUCAUUGAGAGCUGCAUCAGGGUUGUGAUUGACAUUGGGGGGCCGGGAUGGGGGUGGCCAGCUCGACAUCACUCAUGUCGGUGGUGCCUGUGGCGGCCUGAGCACUCCGCCAGUAAAAACGGGCUUCCGAGCUCCGUUUCAUCUGCAACGGCCUCCUGCAACCCUCUGCCAGCUUGGCAGCUGCCUGCACCCAUCCUGAGCUCCGUUUUUGGCUGCAAUGGCCUCCUACAACCCUCUGCCAGCCAAAACUGAGCUUGAGAGGGCCGCACGCAGCUCUCCCGAGCUCUGUUUUCGCUGGCAGAGGCACUGUGGGCCGGUCCUUCGCUGGAUCCGGCCCCCGGGCCUUGAGUUUUGACACCCCUGAUCUCGCUAUUUAAUACAAUUACUUAAAUAUUUUAUGAGAGUUUCCUUUUGGUGUGGAGCUAAGCUUACUCAGAGACAAAGGAGCAUCAGUUUAGUUUGACAGUUGAAAUGGUUAUCUGAAACGGUGCCUGGCAGCCUGGAUGUGCAGUUACUGAAUUCACUACAAAGCUUGUAGACUUCAUAUUUAUGAAAGGCUCUGAGGAGGCUGGGGACUACAUUGCGUGCAAUUGCAAUAUGGACAUUUGUAAGAAUGCGCAAAGAAGGUGCCAUUUCUCUGGUUUGUGCCAGAAAUGCUUAUCCAGUGAGAGGGGAAAAGCAAAACUGACCAAUUGUGAGCCAAUAUUGAUUUGAAUUUUAAUGUACGACCCUUAGAAAAAUCGGGGCUUUUCCCCUAUCUCAGUAUUUAAAUAACUCAGGUGUUGUAAGAAAACUUGUCAAAACAAAGAAUAUAAAUUAUGUCAUGUGACUUGUUGUUUAUAAAAAAAUAAACUUCUAUAAUGACAA